AUGGGGGUCUCUAAGAGGAAGGUCCAGCAUGGCCAGGAGACCUCGGCUUUCCCCGCGAAAGCAGCCAAAAGGGCCCGCACUGACGAGCUCACCGGGGUGCAGUUCAAGACGCAGCUGAAGGACUCACAAGGCGUCGGGGCCGCCUUGGAAUCUUUUGUUUCUGCUGCUAAGAAGCUACCACAAGAGGGGGUGUAUGAUGUCGUGGAAGGAUAUAUCAAGAUUUCUAUGGAGUGUGCAGAAAUUUUUCAGCUCCUAAGUGGAGAGAAGCGACCUGAAAGUGAAAUACUAUCAAUUUUUCAAGUUUUUGAAGCCAUAUUAUUACGGACAGCGAGUGACCUUUCACAUUUCCAUGUUGUGGGAACCAACAUUGUGAAAAAGCUCAUGAAUAACCAUAUGAAGCUCAUCUGUGAGUCCCUGUAUGCCUCGGGCUACAAAUUGGCCCGAUCCUGCCUGAACCUGAUGGCAGCCGUGGUGGCCCAAGGGCCUGAAGCUGCCAGAGAUGUCUGCAGCAACUUUGAUUUGAAUAAGAAGUCUUUGUACGCCCUGGUGACCAAACGGGAUUCAAAGGGUGUACCUGAUGUUCGGCUGGCCUACAUCCAGUUUGCCCUUUCCUUCUUAAUUGCUGGCGAUGACACCACCAUUGUGCAAGUGCUGGAACUGAAAGAAUUCAUUCCCUGCAUUUUUAGCUCAGGCGUAAAGGAAGACAGGAUUUCUACCAUCAGUCUCUUGUUAUCCACACUGAAAACAAAGGUAGUUCAUAAUAAAAAUAUCACAAAGACACAGAAGGUACGUUUCUUCACUGGACAGUUACUGAACCAGAUAGCGACUCUCUAUUCCUGGAAGGGGAUCACGGAUGUGGACACGGAGAGUGUCAAGGAUUCUGCUGAAGAUGCUGGGAAAACCAUGGUGAGAGAGCUGGUCCAUAACUUCCUGAUGGACCUCUGCUGUUCGCUCAAGCAUGGGAUUAAUUUUUAUGAUGCCUCCUUUGGCACCUAUGGAAGAGGAGGAAACCUGACCCUCUUGCACUUCUUGUUGGGUCUGAAAACUGCAGCGGAUGACGAGCUGGUGGCUGAACUUGUGGUGAACAUUCUGAAAGUGUGCCCUGACUUACUGAACAAGUAUUUCAAGGAAGUAACAUUUUCCUUCCUCCCACGAGUGAAGUCAACUUGGUCAAAUAAUAUCAGGCUUUUAAACAAGAUUUAUGAAGCCCAGCCAGAGAUUUCCCGGGCAUUUCAGACCAGAGAGUUUAUCCCUUUGCCUCGACUCCUCCAGAUGGUGAUGGUGACCACUGUACCCCUGGUCUGCAAUAAAAGCAUGUUCACUCAAGCACUAAAUUUGGACAGCAAAUCAGUGAAGCACACAGCCUUGUCCCUUAUUUCCUUCAUUUUGAAGAGAGCAUUAAAAAAUAUUGAUUACUGUCUGAAUAAAGAAGUGUGGCAAGAAUCAGGUGUCUACACAUCUGUGAUGAUGGAGGAAUUCGUGCAGCUCUUCAGAGAAGCCCUGAGCAAGAUUUUACCAGAUCUGAACACUGUUGUGUGGGUCUGGCAAUCACUUAGAAAACAAGAGGCCAACCCAGAAGAUGAGAAGGGAAAGGAGAAGGGAGAUGAGGCUUCAGCUACUGAUGUGGCUCCCCAGAGUGAUGAUGCGGAAACCAUUCUCUUGAAAGCAGUUCUGCUCCAGGUCAUAUGCCUGUAUCAGAAGGUGGUCCCCCACGUGGUCAUGCAGUACAACUUCGACUUCAGCAAGCUCCUGAAAGGUGUCAUGUCAGAACAGGGCCUUCUUGAUCAGGUCCCACCCAUCCUGCAGCACCACAUCCUGAAGGUGGCCCUGGAGCUGCCCGCCAGCAAGUUCUCGUGGCUGAAGGCGCAGGAAGGUCCAGAUGCAGAAAUUGUUGGAGGAGAAAGAUCUGUGUUUUACUUAAUGAUGAAAAUGUUUCUGACCAGCAGCCAUUCACAGCUCAAGUUAUCCACCAAACUUCUGAUCAUCAAGAUUCUGCGAGACACCGGGGUGUUUGAGCACACCUGGCACGAGCUGGAGCUGUGGCUGGAGCACCUUGAAGACACCGCGGAGGAGAAGAAAGAAACUGUGAUUCAGUUUUUGGAGAGCGUUUUAUUGACACUGGUGGCGAAUCCAUAUCCAUACACAGACAAAGCAUCGGAUUUUGUCCAAGAAGCCUACACCCUGCAGACCACCAUGACAAAGCAAGACGCUGAUGAUGUCAGCAUUCCUGUCUCCCACAUUGAUGAUGUCCUGGACAUGGUGGACGUCUUGGUGGAGGGCAGUGAAGGUUUGGACGAGGAAAUCGGGUUCUCACUGACUGAGGACAUGAUCCUUCUCACAUUCCCAUUCAGUGCUGUGAUCCCUGCAGCGCUGGAAGCCAGAAAUAAGUUGCUCCUUGGUACAGAAAAGGAAGCAGGAGCCAGCAUCGUGACAUACCUGAUAGCAGUGCUGACGGACCUCCUCCACACUCAGAGAGACCCUCUGGCUCUGUGCCUUCUGCUCCAGUCCUAUGACAAGUUAACACCUUCAGGUUCACCCCGGUGCAAGCAGCUCUGCAGAUUUCACAAAUACUACAGCCUCUGGAUCCCAGAGCAAGCCCGCGAGGCCUUGCCUCUUCAGACCUCAAGCAGCAUCGCGCCCCGUGCUCCUUCCUCAAAUGCCUCCUUUGCUGUCCUGCUGAAGACGGCCUACGAAAGCAAGGACAAACUCCUGGACGAGGGUGUUCAGGCACAGCUGCACGCAGCCAUCCCGCACCUCCCAUUUCACCAGGUCCUGCGUGCAGUGAAGCACGUGCUGUUGUACCUCAGGACCACUGUGGAGAAUUUCGACCAGCUGGGCAGAAGUGUGGGGCCGCCUCUUCUCCAGCUCUUCAUGGAUCUGCUCCAGCGUCUACUUGUCCACUGUGAGCAACUGGAUGCCCAGAACCAGCAGAGAUGUGAGGCUGCUCAGGCCGAGACUGACCUCUUUUUGGACAUGGAAUCUUUGGCCUCCUUGGAGCUGGCCAAUGACAAGACUCUUGAAGAGGUGCUUCUGGCCAUCCUCAGACAUCCCACGCUGGAGAACUGGUUUUUGGCCUUGGAGCAGCAGGCCCUCCCACCUCACACGCUCAAUCCCAUUCUCGUGAAGCUCCUGGCAGCCCGGUUGAGUGCAGGGGUCCUUCAGCUGCUGGUCACCAGUGCUCCUAUUCUUCAGAACAUUGGUCAGCAGAGCCUCCUUGGCAAGUACUUUGAGGCCAUCACCCAGAGCGUUCUGAAAGAUCUGAGAGCCAGGAAGGAAGGCCAGACCAUAUCCCCACCCAAGACCCUUCCACAGCUGGAAGCCCUCCAGGCUCUGCAUCCGUACAUGGAGGGCAUCCAGCUCCGAGAAGUCAUCCUUGCUCUGCUGGGUCUACCUGACACCUGCCUCGUGACCCAGAGGCCCACAAAGUCCUCUGGGCCAGGAAGACACCUCAACAUUCUUGGCAAGACUCUGGUCCAGCUGCUCACCAGCAGUCCCCAGGACCAGCUGCUAAGUAACGAGCUCCUCUGGGCCUCUGAGUAUGUGAGGGGCCUGGGGAUACUGCUUUCCACGCUGGCCAUGGAGGAACUGGACACAGUGUUCCUCCACACUCUGCAGAGACACCCUGAGCUGGCUCCUGCAGUUGGAGUCAAUCUCCUUGACUACUGCCUGGCCCAGAAGACACCAACGACCCUGCAGAUCACCACCGUGCUCCUUCAGCAAAGCUGUACCCACCUGUUGAGAUUCGAGCUGUGGUGCCUGCAGACCGAUUCCAAGCUUGUCCUCCAAGAGAGCCCGGAUGACCUCCUCUCCCUCGUCCAUAUGUACCUUCACUGCCGGUCCCAGGGACAUUGCACACGCCCAGAAGGAGUGUCCUCUGCUGUUGCCCCUGUCUUGAGGAAGGCCCUGUGGCGGCAUCUGCAGAGCAGCCUUCUCAGUGCUCAUGGCCCCCCAGAGUCUGGGCUGCAUCAGGAGGUCCUGGCCCAGCUUGUUCCAUUUGCACGAGCCAAAGAUCUCCGGGUCUUAAUGGAUCAUUUACCAGCCUUGCUUCAAAGUCCCAACAGUCAGAAGAGUUGGAUUGUGGCUGACUCUGUCUCAGCAGUCUUGGAAGAGUCAACAGAAAGGCUGCAUGCCUGGAGAAAGGUUCUCCUGGAAUCCUGUAUCAAGUGGCUGACCACGUCGUUUAGCGGCAGCCAGCGAGAUGAUGACAGUGCUCAGAACCAAGAGAAACAGAUGCUGCAGAGGCUCACUGAGCUGUUGCAUUCACUUAAUGAGGUUGAUCCCAGUGUUUGGCAGAAGUUUGUGAAGUCUGGACUCAAAUUUCACUAUCAAGACUACACAUUCUUAAAGGCACUCCAUGCUGCCAUCAAGCUCCUUUAUUUACCAGAAAACCCCCAGCACAAGGAGCUCAUCUCUCUUCCCACGGUCCACAUGAUGAUCACCCAGCAUUCUUUGUUUUUGUCAAGUAUGCUGAAGUCUGAAGGAGAAGAAAGCCCAGACAGCCAAGUAAAAGAAGCACUGGUGGACCUCAUGUCGGUUGUGGCAAAGAUGUGUCCCUCUGUCUGUGAGAGGAGCCACUUUGCAGUGCUUCUUGGAGCCUAUGGUGCCACACUCAGUGUCGUGGAUCAGAAAAUCUUACUGCUGCUGCGGACAUAUGAAAAGAAUGACCUCAGCCUCAUCAGUUUCAGGGUGCUGAUGUGGGGUCCAGCAGCUGUAGAACAUCACAAGACAUGCCGGAGCCUCGGCAAGUCACUGUGGCAGCAGCCGAGUGUUGGGGACAUCCUUCGCCUGCUGGAUCGGGACCGGAUGCUGAAGACCAUCCUCCAUUUCCCCCAGAAGCGGAAGCUGCUGCCGCCCGAGGAUGAUCAGGAAUUGAUAUUUAAAGACAAGAGCAUAGUGGACCUCGACAACCUUUAUGACCCCUGCUUUCUACUUCAUCUCUUCAGUGAAUUAACCAGGCCAGAAUUUGUCGUGGAUUGUCGAAAAUUUUUGGAUUCAAAUUCUUUGGGUCUGACAGUGGCAGCCCUCAGCAGCUAUGACCCCAAGAUGCGGGCUGCUGCCUACUAUGUGCUGGCGGCCUACUACUCCCACCUGGAAGGGGCGCGGUUCCGAGAGCAAGCUCAGCUUCUUUACCUGUUGGAUGUGGUGCGGAAUGGGAUUCGAUCUCAGAACAUGAGGCUCACUUUCUCCUUGACUCUCUUCAUUGCCAAAGCAGCCAUACAGAUUCUGAAGCCAGAGGAGCACAUGUACCUGAAGAUCAGCAAAUUCUUGCUGUCACAUGAGGAUCUGAACAUGAACAAAGUUCCAGGCUUCUACCAGUUCUUCUACAGCUCUGACUUUGAGCAAAAAACCGAGCAGGAGUGGGCGUUCGGCAUUCUGCGGCAGGGGAUUCGUGACAAGCACUGCUACGAGCUGUACGCCAGACAAGGGAUUUUCCACGUCAUCCUAACCUUCUUCCAAAGCUCACUGUGCGAGGAAGUGGCCCAGAAUUGGAUCCUGGAGAUCCUACAGAAUGCCGCCCAGGUUACCAAAGCUGCUUAUGAACUCAUACGGGACUAUAGCCUCUUAACAUGGAUCGUCCACAUCCUCCAGAGCAGGUUUCUGGAGACGCAGCUGCUGACUAAUGUCAUCUCCUUGGUGCACACACUGUGGGUGACCAACCUGGGAGACAGGCUGGUGGAGCCAGGCAGCCAGCUCUCCUGCAAACCAGAGUCAGAGGAGGCCCCAAAGCUGCUCGCCCUGCACCUGGUCGAUGAGUUCCUUUAUGUUGUCGUUGCGCUCGUGAAGCACCUGCGGCCUACUUUGGAUCCUGCUCAAGUGACCAACUUCUUCUGGGUCCUCGACUCCAUCCUGAGGUACCGGGCCACCGUGAUACAGGCAUUCAAGGAGAUGAACCGAUUCACCGUGAAUGAGAAGGUGCUCUCCACCACUGACGUCCUUGUUCUCUUGCACAAGUGGAGCCUCCUCGAAAGAGACCUCAAGCUCCAGGAAGACCUGAAAGCAACUGCUGAAAAGCACCAAAUCAAGGAGCUCAUGAAAAUGAUCAAGGAUAAGAACAAGCCCGUUGGCCCAGGCCGAACCAAAGGCCCCCGAAGCCGAAAGAGGAAGCCUGGAGAGGCUGAAGAGAUGGCAGCCCCUGAGCUGAAGGCAGCCACCCUGGACAGGUGCAGGGGCCAUGUGAGGUCCAUACUCACCCACUGGGGCCCUGUGUUCCCCAGCACUGAGCCCUCAGUGGAGCCAUUGGACGAGGCUACCCCCAAGAGUGAUGCUCUGGGCCUUGUGCAUGCCACUGCCUCCCUGGCAGCCAGGUGGAUGCUUCGGGCCGUGGUUAAGUGCCUACCCAGUGGGCAAGAGGCUUCUGGAUUCCUCAGCUGGCUCAAGAACCACAUUUUGCCACAGCCACUGGUAGUAGCUGACCUCCUCGGGGACAGUGCGGUUAGAAGCAGCCUGUUUAAGCUGUACAGCGAGCUCUGUGGGGCUGAUGGACUGGCAGGACCUACACAGGGCGUUGUCUGCCUGUUCAACACGAUCAUGCUGCAGCUGGUGGCCUCCCAGGGUCACGAGGGGAGCUCCAUCCACCAGGCCGUCGAGGCCCUCUCUCUCUCUUCUCUGGAGGAGGAGGAUGAAGCCACGAGAGGUGCUGCUGCUUUCCUGGUAUCUCUGUACAUCAAGGACCUCUGGCUGGGAGCAGUGAGGCCAGAUACGCUCUUGGCCCAUGUUCAGAUGCUCUGUGAUGCUGCAGAAGCAGCAGCCAGUGAUGAUGACAAAAACCUCGCCACAGAGGACGCCAUCCUUGUGUUCUGCAAGAACAUCGCCACCUCUGUUACAGACGCCUGA